AUGAUCUCGACAGUGAUCUUUGUCGGUAGUCUCCUCAGCUGCCUACUUAGCAGAGGAGUGACCGCCUUUGAUAAAAGGGUUGAAGGAAUCAAUACAAAUCAUAUCAAAACCUUUGACUGCCCUUCAACAACACAAGCCCACCCAAGCCAGCGCGAACUACGAGCAUCGAUGGACAGAUUUGCUUCUAUUUUCUACGUGGAGAAGGACGUCGAGUCGGCGUUUGAUCAAUAUGUUGCAAAGAACUAUGUUCAGCAUAAUCCGGGUAUUGCUGAUGGUAGAGAUGCAGCUGUUGAAGCAUUGACACCAUUGUUUAGCGCGAAGGAAAAUUAUUUCCAGAUUGCAAGAGUCAUGGUCGGCCCGGAGUACACAACAAUUCAUAUUAAAGCGUCAACAAAAAUUCAGGCAUCGAACGUUUUCGAUGUCUACCGAACAAUUGGUUCUUGUACUAUCGAGCAUUGA